AUGGCGCCUUCAGCAAUCGACAAUCCAAGCCCAUCUCAGCAGGAGUUUGUCGACCCUAAUGAACUUCGGACGACAUUCUCACUGGCCAUGUCGGCCAUGUACAAGAAAGAAGUACCGCUAUACGGAGAUCUGAUCAAAAUCGUGCAAAGCGUCAAUGAAGAAGCGCUCAGAAAUUCGGCCGACCCGAAGAUCACCGCCAUGCGAAAUGGCAACCUUGCGUCAGAACGUCUUGACCUCGAGAGGCAUGGGGCAAUUCGUCUUGGGACGCCGCACGAGCUUCAGACAGUGCGUCGGAUUUUCGCCAUCAUUGGCCUGUAUCCGGUUGGAUAUUACGACCUUUCACCCGCAGGGCUUCCGAUGCACGCGACCUGCUUCCGACCGACGACAACAGCUGCGCUAAGUCGUAACCCUUUCAGGGUUUUCACCACCUUAUUGCGACCCGAUUUGUUGAAGGACGCCCAAUCGAAAGACCUGGCUCUUGAUUUGCUCUCUCAACGAAGUAUCUUCAGUCCGGAGCUGGUGAGACUUCUAGAUGCAGCAGAACGUCAGAACCACAGACUCAGGCCAGACGAGGCUUCUGCUUUCGUACGAGAAUCGAUGAAGACAUUUGGAUGGAGGCCAAUUGCCGCAGCAUCGAAGGAUGUAUACCAGAAGUUGAAGGAUGAGCACCCCAUACUGGCAGAUGUAGCAUGCUUUCAAAGUGCACACAUCAACCACCUCACACCACGAACGUUAGAUAUCGCAGCUGCCCAAGAGCGAAUGAGGAUCGAGGGGCUCCGAGUCAAGGAACGGAUAGAAGGACCGCCUCCUCGAAAAUGCCCUGUCCUCCUGCGACAGACGAGUUUCCUGGCUUUGGAGGAAUCAACACACUUCCCUAGCGAUAGAGGCCUCGAGGAAGGUUGUCAUAAGGCUCGUUUUGGCGAGAUAGAGGAACGAGGCGCGGCCGUUACUGACCGAGGACGAGCUUUGUAUGACGAGCUGUUGAAUGAGACGAUGAGGCAGAUCUCAGCUUGUCCUCGAUAUCUUGAUGCGUCUCAGAAGGAUAAGAUCUUGGUUGACACGUUCGCGCGUUUCCCAGAUAAUUGGGAUGACCUUCGGCGCCAGGGUCUCGUUUAUUUUGAUUACUCUCUGGGCGCAUCUGCAAAGGAAGCCACAAUACCUUUGAACCCGUCUGUAGACGAUCUAAUUUCUCGAGGCGUCCUAGUGGCAGUGCCGAUAACGUACGAAGACUUCCUCCCCAUGUCCGCGGCGGGCAUCUUCCAGUCGAACCUGGGUAAUGAUACGACAGCCAAGAAUGAUACAAUAACGAGCUUUUCAGAUCACUUCGGCUUCCAGCAAAACUUAGGUUGCGCAGUGACGGAUCUGGAUACAGCGUACGCAAUGGCGCAGGAUGCGAGCUUAAGGAAAUGUGCCCUCGAGCUCGGAAUGGUUGAGGAUGCGCUUCUCUGA